UACGUUAGCUCGCGCAAAUUUUGUUGCGGCGCAUAGUUUAUUUAGUGACCGCUUGGCGUACCUCACGAUUCACAUCACAACAGACGAUAUGAAAAGCAACAAUUUCAUAUUGUUCUAUGUUGGAACCCAAUUGAGAGCUUCUCAUUGAAUUCUGAAACCCCAUUUUUAAGCAAUGAAUAACAUUUGACAGAUUUAUCGGCUUCUAUGCAUCAGAAUAGAUUCCCAACCAGACCAUAGCAAAGAAGGAAUAUCCGGCUAAAUCUUGAAAGCCUAAACAGGACUGAAUGACUACGUAUGUUGUCACGCCAAAAAGAAGAAGAUUGUGCAUGUUUGUUUGGAAAAGUUUGGUCAAAUAAUCAAUAAAGUAUGAAUGGUGAUGUAAGCUUCACAUAAAAAAGUGAUUAGAUUUUACAAUUGAAUGCAUUAAUUAUUUAAUUCUUUCCUUGGAAUGCAAAUGUGUCCCGCGGUCACUGAAUAAACGGUUGCGCUGCAAUGAAAUUUGCACGAGCUACCGCAAAAUCCAAAGGUAGCUGAGAGCGAUCCAAACGUAGCUGAAAACGAUCCAAACGUAGCUGACAACGAUUCAGACGUAGUUGAUUGCGAUCCAUUCUCAUGGAUUGCGAUCCAUAGCAACCGGAUAACGAUUCAGAGGAAAGUGAGAACAGGUGUAAAAAUGUAUGAAUGCUGAUGUAAGUUUCACAUAAAAAAAUAUGAUUAGAUUUUACAAUUGAAUGCAUUAAUUAUUUAAUUCUUUCCUUGGAAAAGCAAAUGUGUCCCGCGGUCACAGAAUAAACGGUUGCACUGCAAUAAAAUUUGCGCGAGCUACCGCAAAAUCCGAAGGUAGCUGAGAGCGAUCCAAACGUAGCUGAAAACGAUUCAGACGUAGCUGAAAACGAUUCAGACGUAGUUGAUUGAGAUCCAUUCUCAUGGAUUGCGAUCCAUAGCAACCGGAUAACGAUUCAAAGGAAAGUGAGAACAGGUAUAUAUCGUUUUUCUUUGAAAUGUUUAAUUGUUUUAGAAUUUUAUUGUCUUUUUUGUACGUUCUUCAUGAAUUGUUUUUUUUUCUUUUUUUGUAUUUUGUUCUUUGGUGUAUUUGUAGUUGUUGUCUUAAAAUUGGUGAGUAGACUACAUCUAUGACUAGUUCCUUACGUACUAUAAAUCUGUUUCUGAUGUUGAAGGGUAUUUCUGCUGUAAUGGCAUGCAGCGUAUUUAUGGGGGUCGUUUUGGUGCAACCUGUAGCUUUCCUUAGUGCCUGGUUGAUAGUUGUAUUCAUUGUUUGGUAUUUGUUUUUGUUGCUAUUUAGAAUGUAUGAAGCUCCCGUUUCCAUAGUGUUGCUAAUUGCUGCGCGAUAUAUUUUAGUCAGUUUUUGGUGUUGGUGAAAUAACGUCCGCUUGUGGUAGUCCAACUGUCACUAGCAUUUUGUGUGUGUGUGUUUUUUUUAUUGUUCCCUAUUAUUAAGGUUCUAAUUCUAAGACAGAAGUAGGUCUAUAGGUCUGUAUUUGUUAGGAUCAUCUAAAUUUUUCUUUGGUUUAGGAAUUGUUAUCAUUUUAAUUUGUUUUAAUUCUUUGUUUAUUUUGCCAUUCUCCCACAUUUUGUUUCCGUCUGUUAUGAUUUGUGUUAGUGAUUCGUCUUUUAUGUUUCUCAGCAUUUGGUAUGUAAUUUUGUCUAAACUGGGUGUUGUAUUUUUUUUUGUUUCAGUAUGUUUUCCCAUAUAUCUGAAUUUAAAAGUUCUGUAACUAUCAGUAGAUUAGUACUGAAAAAAGAUCUGUGGAGUGUUUUUUAAUUGUUAUUUUUAUUAUUUUGUGGUUGUUUGCCCCAAUGUAUUUUUCUAGUAUAAUUUUGUUGAUCAUGUUAUGGAUUUUUUUGGAUAUGAUUGUUAAAUCAAUGGACGUCUGUCUCUUGUUUUGGUCUGUUGGGACGUGAGUGUAUGUGUUAUUUUUGAGGAUGAUGAGGCUUGAAUCGUCUAUUUUUUCUAUUAUUGCAUUUCCUUUUUGAUCGAUUCUAUCGUCUUCCCCGUAUGUAUGAUGUGCAUUAAAAUCGCCAGCUAUUAUUAUGUUUGUUUAAGUUUGAGUGUUGUGUGUUAUUUUUGCUAAGGUGUCUUUUAUUGUCUGUUUGGUGGUAUUUGGAGCUAUGUAUAUUGAUAUUAUAAUACAGUCGUUGCCGCUAAAUUUUGACUCUAACUCACUUAAUUUUGUCUCGAAAGCACCAAUUUUUGACAGCGUUUCACGAUUUUUGCCUCGAAGGCAUCAAUUUUUGACAGAGCGCAUCAAUUUUUGCCUCGAAGGCAUCAAUUUUUGACUGUGAGUCAAUCGCUUUAUUUACAAAAUUGUAUGUAAUUUCUGAAACUGUGUGUUCUGAAAUGAUUGAAAUUAAGUUAAGCAGUGAAUAAUUUUAUUGAUAGAAUUUAAAAUAAAACAAUUGUUUUGCCAAUUUAGAAGAUUUAAUGGAGUGAAAAAUAUUGGCAUGUAUUUUCAGCUGUAAACAAAAGCUUUAGAAAUUCUAAAAUUUUAUCAUUUUUUCUCAAGAAACAAUCAAUUUGCACAGUUUUUUGUAUUUUUUAUGAGUUGUGGAAUAACAAUUGUUAUAAUUCUGCUUAAAUACCUUGUAAAAUUGUCAUUAUUCCUACAAGAGUCGAAAAUUCAUGACUUACAGACAAAAAUAGGUGCGUUAGAGUCAAAAAUUGAUGCGCACUGUCAAAAAUUGAUGCCUUAGAGGCAAAAAUUCAUGCGCACUGUCAAAAAUUGAUGCCUUAGAGCCAAAAUUUGGUGGCAACGACUGUAAAAUUUCCAGAGUGUACCAGUAUUGUUGUUGUUUGAAUUUCAUUACUUUCAUUUAUUAAUAUAAUUAGUUUGUAUUUAAUUUCUUUUUUUAUUAGGAUGCAGCUUCCUCCAUAUCCACCUUCCCUGUCUGUUCGUAUUAUGUUGAAUCCUUUAAUUGUUUUUUUUUUUCAUUUUUCAGCCAUGUUUCCUGUAAGCAAGCUACAUGGUAUUUUUGUUCGUGUAGUAUGUGUGUUAGUUCUUCCCUAUUUUUUCGUAUGCUUUGUAUGUUAGUUUGUAGUAUAUUUAGUUGUUCCAUGUUUUAUUUGUUUGUAGAAAUCAGAGUAAAUAUUAUAAAGAUUGUUUGUGUAAGUGGCUAUAUACAAGGAACAUAUGUGGAGUUUUUUAUUCGGUUUUAAGACAAAUAACGCUUUAUUUAUUACUUUAGUUCACAACAUCCCAAGUAGAAAAAUCGAGCAGUUUUUUUCAUUUUUCUAAUGACACACAACCGAUUUCAGCUUAACGGGGGGUCCAGAUUGCACGCACACAAGCGCAAAUGAACACGAUGACACGCACACAUUGAGACUCGCUGUCAGUUCGUUCUGAUGGCUUGAAAACAGGCAAAAAGUUGGGUUAUGUGUGGAUUGUAAACAUUCUGUUCGUUCAAUUCACACAAGCUUGUGCCUCAACAUCAUCUCUGCCGCGCCACCGCCUACUUGCAGUAUAUCUGUUACUUUCUUCGCUUGUUGUACUGUGAAUGAGAGAAGGAGACAUAUUAUUCAGGAAAAUGGAUUUCAACAAUAAUGUUGAGGAAAAACUAGGCGACACCAUCCCAGUCAAACCGUCGAGCAAAAAACUUGAAGCAGCAAUUUCAACCGGAUCAGCUCUACUGAAAAAUGAAAAGUGCCCUACUUAUCCAUCCCAGAAUCAUCAAAAUUCCCUACCUCCCGCCGUGCCACCACGAUCCUCCUCAUUGCCCCGACCAAAUCCUCAAUUAAUAUUAAAAACGAACAUAGCCUCACCAAUUCCUUUUCCCAUCGCACCCCCUCGAACCACAUCCUUGUCCACGCAAAGCUUUCCGGUGCAAUCCAUUUCCUUUCGAGCCAUAAGCACUCCCGCUUCCGAUCCGAAUAAUACUUUCAAAUUAAACUCGCCCACCAUACCACCACGAUCCUCUUCCUUAAUGAUGCCAAAUUCUAGUCCAGUUCAGAAUAUCACGUUUCUUCCAAAAGUCCCGGUUAACACCGAAAGUGCAUCGCAUCCUCCUACCUUACCACCACGAUCUUGUUCUGUGUCCCUUCCUGAGCCCAACAGAAAACUCAAUCCAACUGAAAAUUUAACACAGUUGGAUCGUAUUGAAAAACAGUUGAACAUUCUGUCCAAAGUAGCUUGUCACACACAAUUUGUGACGAACUUAGUUUUAGACAAUCUCUGCAACAAAGACUCAAAUUCGGAAAGGAAUCCGCUAAUCAAAAAAAUGGAAACUCUUGACAUGUUAGAAGAAAUGGAGAGAAAAUUGAAACAUGAAAGUUUAUACAUGGCAAAGACGAUUUGCCUUUUGUUAAGUGCAUUAAAAGGGACCGACAAUGUCCAAGAAAGAUUAUCGAUAACACUAGAUUUGUUAUUCGAUCGCGAUUUUUUUUCCAAGUUUAGUUGGACAGGUGUGGGGUUUCCGGAAGCCAAGAUUCCAUUAGAAAAAUACGUCUAUAUUAUAAGUUUAUUUAAAUUCGUAGGAGGCACUAGCUUUAUAGAUGACACAGCUACGGUUUCACACGAAACAGUGAAGACUUUUCUAGUUGAUAAGCGAAAUCACGGAAAAGCACGAAGUUUAGUGAAAGGGUUGCGACAUACGGUGAAACGUAAAAAAGAAUUAUAGAAAAGAAUUAUGUAUAUAUGUAUAAGUUAAGUAUAUAUAUAAGUGUUUUAUUGAAUUAAUGAUUUAGGCAUUUAUACAGUUGGAAUAUUAGCUGUGAUUCAAGUUGUGAUAUGAACUAUGUAGGAGUAAACGUUUAUGAAUUUAAUGGGUAAAAAUUAUAUAUGAAAUACCAACAAUCUGUUCUAGUUCUUCCUUGCAUUUUGCCUUAUCCCGGGCAUACUCGGCAACUUUAUUCUACUCAUUUUAAUACAAAACUAAUAAAAAAAUAAACUAAUAAAAAUAUUUACCUAAACUUAAACCUUAACUACCUAUUCUAAACCUAACAGCUUACAUAUUUUAAUUAUGAUCUAACUUUCAAGUGUAUGUAAAAGAGGACUGAAAUAAAAUGUAUUACCCUGAUCUAAACUAA